AUGGGAACCCCGGAGACCUCCCGCGAGCCAUGCCCCGAUCGCAUACUCGACGACAUCGGCGGCGCCUUCGGCAUGGGCGCCGUCGGGGGCUCCGCUUUCCACUUCCUCAAAGGCAUCUACAGCUCGCCAAAGGGCGCUCGCCUUGUUGGCGGCUCUCAGGCCGUGCGCAUGAACGCCCCCCGGAUCGGCGGCAGCUUCGCCGUGUGGGGUGGCCUCUUCUCUGUCUUUGAUUGUUCCAUGGUUUACAUGAGGCAAAAGGAAGAUCCAUGGAAUUCCAUCAUCGCCGGCGCCGCCACCGGCGGAUUCCUCCAGAUGCGCCAGGGUAUUGGCGCCGCCUCGCGCUCGGCUCUCUUUGGCGGGGUGCUUCUAGCUCUGAUCGAGGGAGCGGGUAUUAUGUUGAAUAAGGUCAUGAGUGCCCAGCAGGAGGCGCCGAUUUUCGUUGAGGAUCUUCCCGGUGGGAUCCCUCAAGAACCGGCACAAUCAUCUUCAUCUUCGUCUUCCUGGUUUGGAGGCUUGUUUGGCGGCGAGAAGGAAGCUGAGAAUAAGAGUGGCGUGAAGACGGAGGUUCUGGAGAGCUUUGACUCGCCGAUACCACCAACUUUCGAGUUCAAGUGA